AUGGAUGUGUCGGAGGCACCGGGCACGGAUGAGUCUGCGCCGGAGGCAGCAGGGCAGCCGACGACGAGAGUGAGGCACAACCAGCCAAAAAAUCGAGUCGCGGUGGGGGGCGGGGUGGGUGUGGACGCGGUGGCGGGCGCGGUGGUGGACGAGGCGGUGGACGCGGUCAUCUCGUCGAGGCAGCGGUGGCGGUGGUGGAGGCACCGGCGAAAACAACGGUGGAGGCACCGGAGAAAACAACGGUGGAGGCAUCGUAGGAAGGAGUCAUGGGCGACAAAGGUGGAGACAUCGGUGGCGGCAGCGGCGGAGACUAUGGCGGAGACAUCGGCGACGGAGGCAUUGACAGAGACUUUGAUGGAGAGUUCGGGGGAGCCUUCGGCGGAGAGUUCAGUGGAGACAUCGGUGGAGGCAUCGGUGGAGAUAUCGAGAGCAGCGGUGGAGGCAGUGGUGGGCAUGGCGCCGACAACCCCCCCCGAAAAGCAAGACAGGGGGGCGCCAAGAUCAUGUAUUCCACCGAAAUUACAGUGGAAUCAUCUCGCUUCAGCUCAAGGCCAAGUUGCUGACCGGGGCUUGUGUGAUGCAUCUGCGCCCAACAGUCUAAAGCUCAAUGACAAGGUGGGCUUCAAGCGUUCCGAGCUUCCCGGUCUGAAGUACUACUUCGACAAAAACUACAUGUUCAACCCGGCGAGCAUCGAGGUGGUCGUCGGAUCGACACGGGUCAAAAUCGACGGCAGAAUUUUCGUGGUCGAAUCGUUCGAUCACGGCAAGUACAACCUGGCCGGUCACAAACCAAUCACCCAAUGGGAGCUCCUGCAAAACCGGCGGGGCGAGGGGGCGACACUCGACGACGAGCUUCGGCGGUUCAUCAUUCAGCAAGCGGACGACUACGUCGUUAUGAUGGCUAGGGCCGUGCCGUAUUUUCACAACUGCGGCAUUGCGACAGAAGGGAUGCUCUGGAAUAUCAAGGAGGCCGUAGAGAGAGCCAGGGCGCAUCCUGACAACAUCGACGUCGAGAGCAACAAGAUGACCCUCGAGGAGCUGGCAUCGCUCCAGGAGGGACACGAGAAGAUGCGCAGUCUGUCUCUGGAAAUCUUCACGACACUCCCCUUGAGCGAAACCUUGCCGAAAAACUUUUGGGGUGGUGCCGUCGACGGGUCAUUGCGCGACUUCGCCGAAGGAAGUGGAUCACUGAGCCAAUUGAACUGUCUGAAAGGGUUGGGAUGUGCUUCUAGAAAAGGCAUGACGGAGGGGUGCUUGUUCACGGAAGAUGUGGUGGGGGGAGGUCAUUCGAUAGCGCCUUCGCACGACCGGCCGCGUGGUACAUGGGAUGAGAAGCUCAAGAGUGUCAGCAGGUUGUUGACAUGUGCCUAUCGCCUGGGACGCCCGGUUAGUCUCGUUGAAGCAUACAUCCCGCUUUCCGAGGGAGAAUGCAACAUCUUGGACGCACAUCACGGACAAUGGAAAGACAAUCUCGCCUUCAGCUUGAAAGGCUUGCACGUGGGCUUGGAAGAGAGCGUCGAUGUGAACGACAGCGAGCUUACAGGGGAAAAGUCAAAUGCACUGCGGGCUGGUCCAGGGAUUCUCCAAAAGCUACUGGGCACCGACAGCAGCACUGUGGCCGUCGAAAGAAUUGUCAGCGUUAAGGUCGAAAACUUCUUUCAGAAAGUGCGGAACAACAGGGCACACAUCGAGGCCAAAACCAGCGGUGGGGUGCGGAUGUUUAUGGAGGCACUGGACGUCAACGGGUGCCGGCGUAUCAUGGAGGCCAUCGAGAGAAUCGACCCCGGCAUCAUCGACUUCUUGUUGGAGCGCCUUGGUCGCGCGGAAAGGGCGUCCACCACAUGGGAUUCUAAUGCCAUCGGAGGAGAUCAUUUGUUCGGUACAACUCCCGAUGAAGUUGCUGAGGGCAAGAGGAGGGUGGAUGCCCUUGUUGAUGCGCUGGAAGUAGAAGGAAUCACCUCGAAGGAUUUCGUCGUCUUCAUGAUUCGGCUUCCAGAUGAAGGAAAGCAGACCCGAAAGGCCGAAAAGAAGGAGUCCGCGGUUUGCAUGGAACACGAAGUGGAAGGCGAGGAUGUUGUGAGGUGGAUGGCGGUGAUGGCACUCGUUGGGAGACGUUUCCUCGAGAAGGCCAACGGCGGCGAGGAGCUGAGCAAAUAUUUCACCGCGCUGGGUGUGGGUGGGCAAGCGCUUAGCCAGGGCGUAUUUGGCACAAUACUCACUGGUGUCGGAGGAGCGUUCUUUGGCUUGGAGAAUCUGGAUCUCAAUGGCUUUCGGACCGCACAGGACACGCUGGCCGUCGAGAUGAUCCUGGAACUGGGCUGGAGCCUAGACGACCAAGCAUUGAAAAAUUUGGCUAAGCAGCAGAGAACUUCUCUUGAGGCGACCGGACAAAUCACACAGGCUGAACGCGAGGGGUUGCAGGAGAUGGUGACAGCGAUCGGCGACGCCUUUCGGCGGGCGAAAGCUAGGGGUUCAAAAGACCCUGUAUACCACUACAUGACUUUGCCUAGAAACCAGGCUAGUUUGUGGUCUUUGGUAAGAAAACUUCGAAAGUUGGACGCGGUUGACUACCGACCGGGGGCAUGGUUCAAAGGAAGCGGAUUCGCCAAGAUGACAGAUGGCAAGCCAAUCGAGAAACUGAUCAUGCGGGUAGAGGACCAGGUCCCGGAUUUUAAAUGGACGUCGUGGCAGUCGUUUGGAAAGUAG